UCUCUCUCUCUCUCUCUCUCUCUCUCUCUCACACAUUAAAAACUCUCUAUCUCUCUCUCUCUAAAACUUUCUCUCUUCUCUCUCUAAAAUUUUCCUGUUUUAACGAAGCUGACUUGUCUCUCCGGCAUUGACUGGUUCCAAAGCAUAUAACUCCGGCUAUAUGUAUAAGAGCUAUAUUUAGAGAUCGGUAGGUUGCAGAAUGCAGAAUUUGGGAGUAAAAAUUUUAUGUAUUGAGAAUUAAGGUGAUACGCAUAGGACACUGGAAUUGGGCUUACAGGAAUUUUUGAGGAUAUGAGCCUGGGGAGGGGAUUUUCCAUUCCCCGGGAUAAGGGAGUCAUUCAGAAUGGGGAUCCUUGUAUUCCUUUGACACCUGAUAAGCCAAUUCUAAAGAGAUCUGAAAUGCAGCCGGGAAGUACAAAUUGGCAGGAUCUGCUUGGAAUGUACACUGGGUUUUUACAGGACGAGACCUGUAAUGGGGCUCAACAGACUUUCACACGUCCUGGAUUUGUAGGUCAGAAUCAAGGGGAAUUUAAAAAUAGAGAUGUUGGUCCAAUUCGGGAGUUCAGAAGCUUCAAUCAAAAUUCUGGAAAUGGUGGUUCCUAUAUACAAAAUUUAACUCCAACUGGACUCUUAGGUCAUCAGAAUCAUGGGCAACAUAGCAAUAGAGAUGUUGCUCUGACUGAGAAAUUUGGAAGCUUCAAUCAACAUGCUAGGCCCUAUGUUAAACAUUCAGGGAAUGAUAUUCCUCAGAAGGUUAAUUCAUUGGUAGAAUUACUGGGGACGAAGAAUGCUGUGGUUACACCCCCUAGAGUCGAAACAGCAAACAGAAAUUUUGUUGUGGACAAGACUAUCCUCAGUCCACAUUCUCAAGUCUUAACCAACCGGACAGGGUACAAGUACAAUAGUUCUACAUUCCAGCAGAACCACACUCUGUACGUAAAUAAAGAUGUUGGUAGUUACAGCCUACAGCAAAUACCAACGGAUGGUAAUUACCGAUCCAAUUAUAAUCUGAACUUACCAACACCUAGAACAGAAGCUGGUGCAUCCACAAGGACAGUAAGGCUCUUCCAAUUGGGACCAGUAACACCGGAUCAGCAAAACAAAUCAAAGAACUUCCAGCCCACUGAAGCACCACAAUGGUCGAUGGACAAACUCCCAAUUCAAGAAAAUGAUGAUCCAAAGAAUGUAGUCUUUGCCGAGAAACAAUCUAAUCAAUUAUUGCAGAACGUUGUGGACGAAUCUACAGUCAUAUUGAAAUUGCCAAAGGAGAAGAGCAUUUCUGAUAAUGGAAGUCAUGUAAUCUUAUCUCGACCACCUGAAAUUGUAGACAAACAAUCUAAUCAAACAAUGCAGAACAUUGUGGACGAAUCUACUUCCAUAUUGCAAUUGCCAAAGGAAAAAAAUGUUUUUGAUGACGGAAAUUAUGAAGGAAUUGAUCUGAACAAGACACCACAGCAGAAACCACCCAGAAGAAGAAAACAUCGACCAAAAGUAGUUGUGGAAGAGAAACCCAAAAAGACACCAAAGCCUGCUACUCCAAAAAAUAAUAGCUCCGAUGGAAUUCCUUCAGGAAAAAGGAAGUAUGUACGCAAAAAGGACGUUAAAACCUCCACAACUCAACUGGCUGUUGUAGUGAAUGAGGUUGGAGUCUCUAACAUGAACUCUGCAGCAAAAUCAUGCAGGAGAAUGAUAAACUUUGACUUGGAAAAUGGAGCAGAAAAGGAAAGUGAGGCCAGAGCAAUUGGUGACCUAGCAGAGAUAAAUGAAAAGAAAAAGAUGUCUUUUUCUUUGAACUUAAAUUCUCACAAUGCAGAAGGGCAUACAGGAUUCAACGGGGAAUCUACAACAUCUUCAGUGAAGGAAUGGCAUCAAAACUUACAUAACAUAGAGAAACAACAAACAGAGAAUUUAUGCAUUUUUGACAAUUCAGGAAAUCACACCCCGCUUCAAUUAUCAUUGCCAUUUCCAACUUCAGCACCACCGUCUACAAAUCAUACUUUAAAUGUCAUAGCAAGGAAUUUGAGUAUGCGAAAUGCCAAUACAAACCAAAGGGACAGCCUGAAUUGGUACUGUCAGGUUGAUCCUCAUGUCGGUGGAGGACACCUACCCCAGUUUGCCAUUCAAACACACACCAAUGAAACAAAGGUAGAUGGAAGAAGGCAACCAAUGUUGCAGGCUGGGACUCAACUUCUGGACGAUUUGGUGAACGUCAUUGACAGGCAGCAAUCCAAGAGAGAAUAUUCCCACACUAAGUUGUCACAGCCCGACACUUCUGCAAUGAUGGGCUCUCAACUAUUGUACCAGAGAGUUCCUAAGACAGGCUAUUAUGCCAGUGAGAGCAACAGAUUAUGGCAAGAUGGUUUAGAAACUAGUAAGAGAAAGAAGGUUGAGGAUAAAUUUCAUGUAACCUCAUCAAGCACGCCUUCUAGCAUAACUGUUGAAUAUUGCUCAAGACAAGUUGAAGGAAGAGGCACAAAUGGUUUCAGUGCAAACAAAUCUACUUUGCACCUAAAUGGUGGAUUACCAUAUUCUGACUUUGAAGGACGGAGCAACUUCAGGAAGCCAAAUAAUGAAGCCAACAAGGUCACCCAAGAUUGGUACAUGAACCCCACAAAUUUGCAAAAUGAAUUUCAGCAGCAACUGACUUCGUCUCGAGUGCAUUCACAUGCAGAACAAAUUGUGCAGAAGGUCACUUUUCCCACUAAUAAAGCCCAAAGCACCAACUCCCUUGCUGCAAUUUUUUGGAAUCAGGAGUCUUCAUCUCAAAGAGACCCUAAAAUAACUCAAGGAAAUGAAAUAAUAAAUUCUUCUAUUCGUGUUUCGGUAAAAGGACAGACAGCUAGACUGAAAUCAUUCAAUCAAGCACUCAAUAUGGAGAAAGUUAUCGGUAAAGAGAACAAGACAAGAGGUUACAAAGGUCUCCCCAAAAACGUCAUAGGCUCACUAGGAGAUGGCAGACAUUUAUUUUCAGUUGAUGAUAUUAUAGAUCGUUUAAAAUCUAUGAGCAUCAAGAGUAGUGGAAAGGAAAUUUUUGGGGAGCAGCAAGGUGCACUUGUUCCGUAUAAGCAAGAUGGAGCCAUUGUUCUGUAUGAAGAAUUUGAUCCAAUAAAAAAACGACGGCCACGACCUAAAGUAGAUCUAGAUCCCGAGACUAAUAGACUAUGGAAUCUUUUGAUGGGUAAGGAAGGAAGCGAAAGCACAGAAACGAUGGAUCAGAAUAAAGAGAAGUGGUGGGAAGAAGAAAGAAAAGUAUUCCGUGGACGAGUAGACUCGUUCAUUGCACGGAUGCAUCUUGUUCAAGGUGAUAGACGAUUCUCCAAAUGGAAAGGAUCAGUUGUCGACUCCGUGAUUGGAGUUUUUCUCACGCAGAAUGUUUCAGAUCACCUUUCAAGCUCUGCCUUCAUGUGUCUUGCAGCCAAAUUCCCCCUUAAAUCGACAAUUAUCAGACAACCAUGCUGCCAAAAUGGAGGAAGUCCAUCAGUGGAAGAACUUGAGGUUCAGAUAACAUGUCCAGAUGGCACUAUAACUUAUGAUCACGGCACAGUAAGACAGCCAGUGUACAACCACGGCUCUGUAACAUCCAGUGGAUCGUGUCAAUACAGAGCAGGAAAUGUUGUGACAGGAACAAGAACCUUUGGGAUAGACAAGCAAUAUAGAAGAGCAGAUGAUGACAUCAUUUCAUCACAAAGUUCUUCUGAAUCUCUUGUUCUCCAAGCAAAUGAAGAUAUCAGAUCCAGCUCAGGAUCAAAUUCAGAAGCCGAAGAUCAAAUAUCUGGGUGUAAUUUAGGCAAAAACAGUGGCCCUCUAAAUCUUUUGGAACAGGCUGAAAGAAUGGCGGCAUUACAGGAAUAUCAGCAUCGAGUGAUGGGAAGUUCAUCUCCAGAUAAGAAACUCUCUCAAUGGGAAAAUCCUGUGUAUAAUCUGCAUCAUCAGAGGCCAAGUCUACCAUCCACUAAUUCCUGGUCAAGCAUGACGACAGGCUUGGAAGAAUGGGAAUCAAAUUUCCUCGCAUCUCCAGGAAAAGAAAGCAUAUCUUCUUUGGCAUCAACAGAUUUUGAGAAUACCAAGAUAACAGAUGUAGAACAUGCACAUUAUAACAUAGGACAGAGUCUAGAAAGGAGUUUUCUCCCUCAACAGACUGGAAGACCAGAUCUAACAACAAGACUGGAGCAUACAACACAAAACAAUUGCCUUGAACCACGGACUAAUAUAAUAGCUGGUUCUCAAAGCAAAGAGGGUCAACAUUCCAUCAACUGCCACAGAGGAAGCCACAAGACCAUUCAGCAAGAAAGCAACUUUCUAUCAAACUGCACAACACCUGCUGAAGCAUUCGACGAAAUGUCAAGCGCAGGACUAGGAAAUUCUAAGACCAAACCAAUGAACCAGACAGGUCCCACAGCUUCAAAUGCGAGAAAGACAAAAGUUGAGACGGAAAAGAAAGAAGCAUUUCAUUGGGAUGAAUUGAGAAAGCAGGCACAAUUGAAGGUUGGAAAAAGAGAACGAUGUGAGGAAACAAUGGACUCUUUGGACUAUGAAGCAUUAAGAAAGGCUGAUGUUCGUGAGAUUUCGGAAACAAUCAAGGAAAGGGGAAUGAACAACAUGCUAGCAGAGCGAAUUAAGGAUUUUCUCAAUCGACUGGUUGAAGACCAUGGAGGAAUUGACCUGGAAUGGUUGAGAGACGUUCCACCAGAAAAGUCUAAAGAUUAUCUACUAAGCAUACGAGGAUUGGGGUUAAAGAGCGUGGAGUGCGUACGCCUAUUAACACUUCAUAACCUAGCAUUCCCAGUUGACACUAAUGUUGGACGAAUUGCUGUACGACUCGGGUGGGUGCCUCUCCAACCACUUCCUGAAGAACUCCAGUUGCAUCUCCUUGAACUGUACCCAGUGCUGGAAUCUAUCCAGAAAUAUCUUUGGCCCAGACUCUGUAAGCUGGAUCAGAAAACAUUAUAUGAGCUACACUAUCAAAUGAUAACAUUUGGAAAGGUUUUCUGCACAAAGAAACAACCAAAUUGUAAUGCAUGCCCAAUGAGAGGAGAGUGCCGACACUUUGCUAGUGCUUUUGCAAGCGCUAGACUUGCCCUCCCUGGGCCAGAAGAGAAAUGUAUCGUUGCAUCUACUACUACUACAACUGCCAAUAAAAACCCUGGUGUAACGAUAAAGCCAAUGGCACUACCACAACUACAUGACAGUUCAGAUAGAGAAACGGGGCAAAACUGUGAUCCUAUUAUCGAGGAACCAACGACGCCAGAACCACCGUUGGAAGUGUCAGAAAGUGAUAUUGAGGAUGCAUUCUAUGAGGAUCCCGAUGAAAUCCCUACAAUCAAACUCAAUAUAGAACAAUUUGCUACGAAUUUACAGAGCUUUAUGCAAGACCAAAACGUGGAGACGCAAGAAGAAAGUAAUUUGUCAAAAGCCCUUGUUUCUUUGCGUCCAGAAUUUGCUUCAAUCCCAACACCCAAACUGAAAAGUGUGAGUCGACUGCGGACAGAGCACCAAGUCUAUGAACUCCCAGACAAUCAUCCACUACUGAAAGGGAUGGAAAGGCGAGAAACUGAUGAUCCUAGUCCAUACCUUCUUGCUAUAUGGACACCAGGAGAGACGGCAGAUUCAAUCCAACCACCUAAAAGUAAAUGCAGCCAUCAAGAAUUAGAUGGACUUUGUGAUAAGAAGAUGUGCUUUUCAUGCAGUAGCAUAAGAGAAGAACAAACACAAACAGUCAGAGGCACACUUUUGAUUCCAUGCAGAACAGCAAUGAGAGGGAGUUUCCCGCUGAAUGGUACUUACUUCCAAGUCAAUGAGGUAUUUGCGGAUCAUGAAUCUAGUCUUAAUCCUAUCAAUGUUCCAAGAAAUAUGUUAUGGAGCCUGCCGAGACGGACAGUUUUCUUUGGGACAUCUGUCUCGACUAUUUUCAAAGGCUUGACAACUGAAGGUAUCCAAUACUGUUUCUGGAAAGGAUUUGUUUGCGUCCGAGGAUUUGAGCAGAAAUUGCGAGCCCCAAGACCUCUGGUUGCCAGAUUGCAUUACCCUGCAAGCAAGAUGGCCAAGAAAAAUGAGCAAAAAUAAGAGGGUCAAUGGUGCAGGGAGGGUUGAAAGUUUGAGGACAUAACCAAUAACUGUCCACGCCAGAAGAAAAAAUAAGGGACUGCCGUAGGGUUAGAUCUGCAACAUAUUGUUUUACAUUCAAUUGCCCACCUCUUUACAUGAGUUAUAGUUAUUUGUAAUUUAGGUGGCAGAAAGAAAAUUUUAAGAUAUAGGAUGAGAUUCGAUUGACAAUGUGUACAUCGUAGACAGUUCAGAUCUUUUUAAAUCAUGCUCAUUAACAGAGCCAUUUUUCAAUGUCUACAGAGAAAGGUAGGAGUCAAGAAAUAGAAUUUGGGAUGUAAUUUCAUUGGGAUUACAUGUAUGUAAUAAUCUUCCGAGUCUUUUGAUAGAAGCCCGGAAUGUGUUUUCUUAUU